AUGGCCGAUCCUUCUGACCGCCCAGCGUGGUCUGAUAUAUCAGCAAGACUACAAAAUCUAAGAAACCUCCUCAGCUCAGAGCGCCAUCUAGGCGCCGAUCAGCAGCGAGCAUUUGAGGCAAUUGAUCGAGAGAUGGAGCACCAAACGGCAGUCGACCCAGCCGCAACUAGGGACAGAAGGAGAAGAGAUCAUGAGACACAUGUGCAAGAACCAGACAUACCCUCAGUAUCAGAAAAUCUACCGCAUAGCGGUAGUCCUUCGAGUCUUGUCCGGACCCGGAGAAGAGCCUUCAGACCUAGUGAGCGUUUGCAAAGAUACCAGAGGGAAAGACUUGGUCAAAGCGGAAGGACAACCACAUCUGAGACACACAUAUCUCCUUCUCAUCUAUCCCCUUCCUCCCCAGCUCACUCCGUCAGCGACCGUGACGAUCGCCAGAGGUCGAAGCGAAGAAAAUUGGACGACGGUACUUACCAGGACGAGCUUCGAACUUUCCGCUAUGGCCACAAUGGACAGGUGGUUCCAGGUCAUCUACGGAUGGAUAUUGUCGUUUGUGAUGGUGGGGAAUAUUCUGACUCUCUUGUUCCCAUCGAUGCCAGUCCUCAGAAUGUUCUUCGGGACGAUACCAGUGUCUAUUGCACCAAGACCAACAGCUGUAACCUCUUAUUGAGACACGUUGGUGGAAUGCCGUUCACGUUGACCAAGAUUGUCAUCAAGGCGCCUCGACAUGGUUUUGACGCGCCGAUUCAAGAAGGUCUAAUUUUCGUCGCCAUGGACCAUGACAUGCUCCUCGAAAAGACGGCCCAAUAUGAGAUACGAUGGUCUCCCAAGAGCAGCCGUCAUCAACGGCACCGACAGGAUGGUUUUCGCCCUUCUCAGGAGUAUAUGAACUCUACAAGAUCUCCCUUGCGGUCGAUUGAUCGGUCGAGGUACUCGGGCAACCUCACGAAUCCGGGAGACGAUCCUGAACUUGAAACUACUCUUGUUCCGGGGUUCAGCGUUUCGGUGGCAGACCCCUCGGACGAUGAAGACAUUGGAGACGGACAGCCCUCACCGCCACAAUGGCACGAUGACGAUUACUCGCUGAGAUCGUACGUCGACCGGUACCGGCCUGUCUACCUGGGCAAUGAACGGAAUGACGGUCUCUGGUCAACUUCGAGCGACUCUGAAGGCUACGAACCAGACGUGCCGUCUGAAGAAAGACUUCCGGGAGAAAGAGAGCGUUUUCAACGUCAACAACUUGAGAUCGAGAAUACGUUAGCACACCGAAAUCGCAUGCUAGAUCUCAUGCGGGCGCAGCAGAUUCGUGACAGUGAUGAGUAUUUCGGACGUCGCAGCCGUCGAGGUGAACACGAUGAUGAGGGGCCCUUUAAUCGUCGCUCAACUCCAAGCAGGAUUGGACUACGGACAUUUGCACCAGCCAUCGGAGCGUCUGAUCCGGUUUAUCCCUCUGAGGAAUCGCUGGGCCGGCUGGCAGAUUUUGAUAACACGACAUCGAAGAGCGGAACUGCCGAAGUGGGCGCAAGUUCUUCCACGAAGGCGGAUGUCGUAAUACCCCAUGCGCGAUUUUUCAUCAGUCGGAGCAAAUCAAGCACUGCCAUCAAAUUCGAUCCUCCAGUUUCGGGCCGUUACGUUCUGGUCAAACUCUGGGCACAAUGCCCGAAUGCUAACAUUGACAUCCAAGCCAUCCUUCCAUAUGGCUAUGGUGGGCCUCGAUUUUUCCCUAUGCAUUCUUUCGACAUGCCGCGGUUUGCAGAGGGGACUGGGAUCCCAAUUCGUGACAAUGGCAGGACGAUACCUGCUCGAGCUUCCGCUCCAUCGGCUUCACAAGUUCCAGAUUGGAUUCGUAUUAAGAACCGACGGAAGAGAUACCUCGAUGUUCACCCGGAAUAUUUUGGGCCACAGCUUGAGCUGGCAGAUCCAUUGCUCUAUGAUCGACUCAUAAGACGCUUCCAGUCCCCCGCGGAACGUGAAGCCGAGGGUCGACAGAAGGGAUACUCCGGUAUUCUUGAGGCAGAUCUUUAUCGGAGUGAAGCAAAACUAGACGCACUGAGACGUCCUGAUCCCCAAAGUAUGUUCACAUACAAGCGAGGGCCGAAUGGUGAAAUUCUGGCUGAAGAACAGGACGAAGUGCCUGCGAACAAAGAGGAGGGAUUUGCUCGAUGGCGAUGGGAGAUGGAAGUUAGAUUUCUACGAGGCGGGGACGAUGAUUUCGACUACGCGACCGUGGACAACAACCCCGAAUACGACGAUCGGGCAAUCGAAGAGCAAGAUGCCGAAGAUAAGUAUUUUGAUGAGCAAGAACCGGAGUUCGUCGAAGGUGAGGAUGGUGCGACAAGAAGCGAGAGCAAAGAGCUAGAAGGCGAGACUGGAAUCCAGGACUUUUGA